GUUCGUCACCAGCUCGACUUCCCAUCCUCAAUCCAAUCCUGCUACGCAACCACCGCCGACUUGUGCCUUGUACAACAGCUUAUCCAGACGCAAAAUACUACAUACAGAGCGAGAUCACGAUGAUCUCAAACACAGCGGGUUCGUUGGGCGAGGAUGGCAUCCACGUUGACAUGAACCAUUUGAAGAAGGGCGAAGUAAACCUGGGUACCUCGAUCAUGGCGAUCAACUUCAAAGACGGCGUUAUCCUCGGAGCCGACAGCCGGACGACGACCGGUGCAUACAUUGCGAAUCGAGUCACAGACAAGCUGACACAAGUGCACGACACGAUCUGGUGCUGUCGAUCCGGGUCAGCGGCCGACACGCAGGCGGUGGCUGACAUCGUCUCCUACCACCUCAAUAUGUACGGCAUUGCCAAUGAAGAGGCUCCCAGCACCCAGACCGCGGCUGCCCUGUUUCAGGAACUAUGCUAUGAGAACAAAGACAUGCUUAGUGCGGGUAUCAUCAUUGCUGGCUACGACCGGCGACAUGGCGGGCAGGUAUACUCGAUUCCUCUCGGCGGAUCUCUCCACAAGCAAGCGUAUGCAAUUGGCGGGUCUGGGUCUACGUACAUUUAUGGAUACUGCGAUGCCAACUGGAAGGAGGGCAUGACCGAGGAGGAGGGCGUCAGCUUUGUCAAGAGCGCGCUGGGCGAGGCGAUCAAAUGGGAUGGCAGCUCUGGCGGUGUGAUCCGACUGGUGGUGCUGACAGCCAAGGGCGCAGUACGACACUUGUAUCUGCCGGACAAUGGGUAUAGCGGACCUGGGGCGGCGAGAUAGGGUUGUUCAUCAUUGCAGCACUGAUAAGUGGAGUUAAUAAAAGAGAUUGUCGUAUCCGUGAGCAUGUCUAAACUAAGCUAUACAAUAUUAACAUAU